AUGGGAGUUUUUAAGCUGUUAGUUCUCGGCUAUGUGUGCUUCUAUAGGCUUGGGUGUAGCUUUGAGGCUGGGCUGGCUGGUGGCUUUAUCCAGGAGGAACAUCGUCUUGGUUUCACUCCAAGAUCUCAGUUUGCAUCAGGAUUUCAAUUCUCACCAGGAGGUCUGGGCGGAGCUUGCGCUUCGUUCACUCAAAAAGAAUGGGAUCCAGAUCCGCUAAAAGGGAAAGGGACUUUAGUCUGCAGAGACGUGGCCGCCACCAGAAAAUCUGGCUUGCUUUUAGGAGUCCUUUCUUCUGGAUUGUCUGUUAUUCCAAUUGUUGUUCAACUAUCUCCACGUUACAUAAAGCUGAAACACCACAUUUUUCCUGUCUCAUUGCAGCUACAGAAUCCAUCUUUCUCACUUUGUUGCCUUAAUGGUCGAGUUUCCCUUCCAGCUAUGCAACCAACUCCUCCAAUUCUUGAUUUUCUUCUUGAUCACAGCAAUGGCUCUGCCUCAAAAAAAUUUCGGGACAAUAUACGAGCUUAUAACUCUAUGUUUGCUUUCACUUCAAUGGGCGCAAAGAUUGAUACUUCUGUUAAUGAUCAACCAGCUCCAUAUGUGUUCAAGAUAAGCGUUGCAAAUAGACUUUUACCAUUUACAAGAGACUCCAAAUCAUCAUCUCUGGAUGAGAAUAUUGUUGUGGAUCUUUUAAGAAUGCUUGAUGAAACGAACGAGCUUGCCAAAUUAUUUCGCAAAGCUAGAGACAAAACUCAAAAUAUUCACUCUGUUGAUUAUAAACUUCGCUUACUUGGAAAGCGAAACCAUGAUUCACGCCAAUAUGAUGAUCCUACAUCAAAUGACAUUGGUGGAUUAGUUGUCGGAGAUAUUGGAGAUUUUUUCUCGGAACGAGAUAUAAUUAUUGAAUGCUUUUCAGGUUCUUUAAAAAGGAUCUCAAAAUUACAUCCAAAAUUCAUGGCAUUACAGUAUCCUCUUUUGUUUCCUUAUGGUGAAGAUGGCUACUCCUGUAAUAUUAUGUUUGUUGAUCAUGGACAUGAAAAAACAAGGAAAAGGUCAAGAGUUCCGAUGCGAGCUUAUUAUGCUUACCUUAUCAAUGAAAGGCCUGGGUGCGAUAAUACCAUCAUUAAAGGAGGUCGUUUGUACCAACAAUUCUUGGUCGAUGCAUUUGUUAAUGUUGAGGAAGACCGUCUUGAUUAUAUCAGAGCUAAUCAAAAAGAUUUACGUACAGAAGUUUAUAAAGGUAUCCAUGAAGCUGUGCUUAAUGGGGAUGUUGAAGGUUUCUCAGCUGGGAAAAUCAUUGUUCCAUCUUCUUUAACUGGUAGCCCACGUUAUAUGAUUAAUAAUUACCAGGAUGCAAUGGCUAUAUGUAGAACCUAUGGAAAUCCUGACCUAUUUAUUACAUUCACAUGUAAUGUUAAUUGGCCGGAGAUACGAAGGGAGCUUACAAAAGGUCGAAUUUACAAGCAUGAAGACAAGCCUGAUAUCAUUACACAUGUUUUUAGAUCGAAGGUUAUUGAUAUGUUAGCCUUCAUAAAAUCAGGCAAGCCUUUUGGUCAGAUAAUUGCAGUUUCAGCUGAAAUCCCUGACAAAUUUACAGAUCCAAAAUGCUAUGAAAUUGUUUCAAGAUUCAUGAUGCAUGGUCCGUGUGGUCUUGCAAAUCCAAAAUCUCAGUGUAUGAACGAGGGAAUUUGCUCAAAAAGAUUCCCAAAACAAUUCAAGACACAAACUGUUUUUGAUGAUAAUGGCUUUGUUUAUUACAGACGUCGUGAUCUUAAAGACAAUUUUGUUAUAAAAAAUGGCAUUCAGCUCAAUAACAGAUAUGUUGUGCCAUAUAAUAGGGAACUCUUAUUACGAUACAAUGCCCACAUAAAUAUUGAGAUCUGUUGUCAGUCAAUGUUAAUUAAGUAUCUUUUUAAGUACGUAAGCAAGGGCUCUGACAGAUGUAGAGUUGUUGUUGAAAAAGAUCGUGCUGAUGAGAUCCAUGCGUAUAUGAAUUGUUGUUUUAUAUGCCCAUAUGAAGCGGUCUGGCGUCUUCUACAAUUUCCAAUACAUUCAAGAUCACCUCCUGUUGAGCGACUUCAAAUCCAUUUGCCAUUGCAUCAAAAUGUUGUUUACUCAGGAAAUGAAAGUCUACCAUCAGUACUUCAAAAACCAGGUAUUGAAAAAACAAUGCUCACAGAAUGGUUCACACGUAAUAGAAUUGAUCAUGAAGCAUGUCAGCUUUACUACUCAGAAUUUCCACAUAAAUAUAUUUGGGAUCCUGGUAAAAAAGAAUGGAGUCCAAGAUCAAAAGGUUUUAGUCUUGGUCGAUUAACAUAUGUUCACCCUGCUUCAGGAGAGCUCUAUUUUCUAAGACUACUCCUUAACCAUUUAAGAGGAGCGUUGAGCUUUGAUUAUCUAAAAAAUGUUUCAGGUGUUGUGCAUCCAACAUUUCAACUUGCUUGCAAGACCUUGGGACUUUUAGGGGAUGAUAAAGAAUGGGAAGACGUCUUUUGUGAGGCCAUGGCUACUGCAACAUCUCCUCAAAUUAGGAAUCUCUUUGUCAGUGUUGUUCUUUUUUGUGAUGUUGCUGAUCCAGAAGUUUUGUUCAAUAAAUUCUGGCGCUCAAUGUAUGAUGAUAUUAUCACCCGUUUCAAGUCCAUCUUUGCCAUGCCUAAUCUUAAAUUAUUCGAUGAUGAGCUUAAAAACUAUGUUCUAUAUGAGCUUGAGCUUCUCUUCAAUGUUGCUGGCACAUCUCUUGAAAAACACAAGCUUCCAAUGCCUGAUGGGCGUUUAUUGUCAGAAAUAAAGAAUAAACUUUUGAGAGAAGAGCUUAACUACGAUAUUGCAGAUCUUAUAUGUCAGCAUUCAUCAACUUUCCCACAACUCAAUCAAUGUCAGCUAAAUGUUUAUGAUUAUGUUGUUAAAUCUGUCCUUGAAAAAAGACAAGAAUUAAUUUUUGUUCAUGGCCAUGGAGGAACUGGGAAAACAUUUUUGUAG